AUGGAUCCCAUGGACUACAUUCUACACAACCAUCCACGGUCUGCCGCCCACUACGAUCCCGUUCACGCCGCUUCAGGGCCCUGGAUACCUCAUCCUCAAUCCUCCCCCGCCUACCCGUGGCAGUCUCAUGGCCAAGGCAUGCCUCAGUCGUAUCCUCACCACCCGCUACAACCUGCCAUGUCGAUUCCGGGCUCAGAUCCCUUCCACCUCGGCCCGAUCGGCGGCCUGCCCGCACCGGUCCCGGGCUAUCACGGCGGCCCACCACAAGAUACCUUCACGGGUGCGAUGCCGCCGCGACACUUUCACCAUUCGCCGCAUCACUCGCCGCACCAUUCGCCGCACCGAAUGUCUGCGCCGCUGGGCAGCCUCCCGGUCCCGGGGCACCAGCUAGUUCCAAACGGCCAUGUAAACGACGGGGCGUUUGUGAACCAGGUACCCGGGGGACGACCUCUAGGUUUUCAACCACCUGUGGGCAUGGGGAUACCGCCAGUUGGCAACAACUCGGAACCUAAUUCACUGCCUCGCCCGCCGUUUGCGUUGUCUGAACUCCCAGCAAACAACUUUCCUCACCAUAACCACUCGAUUUUCGUACCCCCUCCUCCACCUCCCGGUCCUUUCAACUCAACUCAGUCUCGACGAGGACAUUUCCCCUCGUCAUCCACGUCUUCCUCGAGGGCAUUUCGUGAAGCAUCGUCCCCUGCCAGAUCCUCUCAACCUCCCUCGGGAUCCCGCCGGCCGCACCCUAGAGCACGACGAUCGAUGUCUUCACGAUUCAUAUCUUCAGAGUCGGGCCGGGACGACGACGACGACGAGUUGGGUCGGCAGUUCUUUCUCGACCACAUAAUCCAAAACUCGUCUGGGCUAGAUCCUUCUUCCAUGGACCAACAAUCUGUCGACAAUGUCCUCGUCCGUCAAAUCCAGCUAGUUAGAGGCUCAAUGACUAGCAAAAUGGUAGCCUCCAAGAUGGCGCUGCGUUCGCUGCAGAGCGUCAACAUUGACGACCUCCCAGAGGCCGAAAGGACUUGUGUCAUUUGCUAUAAUGACUACGGCGUCGAGGCCCCCGAGGGUAUCAACGAGGCUCCGCUUCGCCUACCUAAGUGCAAGCAUGUUUUUGGAGACCACUGCAUCAAGAAAUGGUUCGAGGAUUCCGACAGCUGUCCAUACUGCCGCGACAAGCUCCAUGCGGAGCCCAAGCAGCAUGGCUCGUCGGCGAGGGCCAUUAUGAACAUGAUGAGAAUGCGGGGGGGGAAUAUUCCCCCAGGAUUGGUGUCGGGUGGAGAUGACGUUUUUAUCCGAGCCCUGACCAUGACACCUCCGGGUGGUUCAGGCCGUUCAUCCUCGCGGCAGACUUCGUCGGGUGGCAGACGCUCGCCGCCGGACGAUGCGGCUGAGCAGCAACGUCGAACCCGGCCACGCCACAGCGACCCAGAAACGCGGGGAUCCAGCACCACUACUCACCCCAUGUCAAUGGAAGGACCCUCGUCAUCCGGGCCAGAAGGAAACUUGCCUGCAAACCUAUUCGCACGCACGUCUCCGCGAAGCACUCAUCCAACAACACAUCGACGACCUUGGCCGAGCCACGUUGCUACUUCACCGACAAGGGAUUUGUCUGGCUAUCCUUCACGGCCCGGGCUUUUGCAGCCUUCGGUUUCGAUGUCUCCCUCGGCACCCAGCUUCUUUCCACGAGGAGGGCUUGGGAACUUGAGUGGGGCACCGGAUUUCCUCACGACACCCGCAGGACAGCAGCAGCCAUCGUCAUCUUCGUCAGCGUCGUCCAGACUCCCGAAUCCCUUGCAAUCAUCCGACGGUGUGGCGCGGGGAGGACAGCCGGACACUUCGCAUGCGUCGACACCCCGAUCGAAUGUGGGUAACGUGCAGGGAGGCUCGGUUGAAAUCAACCAGGCCAUGACCGAUCAGAACAACAGAAACCGGCCUUGGUAA